CAGCAGCGGCGGCGGCGGCGGCGGAGGCGGCGGAGGCGCCCGGUCCUGGCCGCGCGGAGCGGACAUGUGCAGGCUGGGCUAGGAGCCGCCGCCUCCCCCCCGCCCAGCGAUGUAUUCAGCGCCCUCCGCCUGCACUUGCCUGUGUUUACACUUCCUGCUGCUGUGCUUCCAGGUACAGGUGCUGGUGGCCGAGGAGAACGUGGACUUCCGCAUCCACGUGGAGAACCAGACGCGGGCUCGGGACGAUGUGAGCCGUAAGCAGCUGCGGCUGUACCAGCUCUACAGCCGGACUAGUGGGAAGCACAUCCAGGUCCUGGGCCGCAGGAUCAGUGCCCGUGGCGAGGAUGGGGACAAGUAUGCCCAGCUCCUAGUGGAGACAGACACCUUCGGUAGUCAAGUCCGGAUCAAGGGCAAGGAGACGGAAUUCUACCUGUGUAUGAACCGGAAAGGCAAACUCGUGGGGAAGCCUGAUGGCACCAGCAAGGAGUGUGUGUUCAUUGAGAAAGUCCUGGAGAACAACUACACAGCCCUGAUGUCAGCCAAGUACUCUGGCUGGUACGUGGGCUUCACCAAGAAAGGGCGGCCACGGAAGGGCCCCAAGACCCGGGAGAACCAGCAGGACGUGCACUUCAUGAAGCGCUACCCCAAGGGGCAGGCAGAACUACAGAGGCCCUUCAAGUACACCACAGUGACCAAGAGGUCCCGGCGGAUCCGCCCCACGCAUCCUGGCUAGGCCGGCCUGCCAUGGCCCCUGGCGGCCCCAGCCCACACUCACACUCACAGAGAACUGCAUCAGAGGAAUAUUUUUACAUGAAAAAUAAGGAAGAAGCUCUAUUUUUGUAUAUUGUGUUUAAAAGAAGACAAAAACUGAACCAAAACUCUUGGGGGAGGGGACGUGAUAAGGAUUUUAUUGUCUUAAAAUCCCCUAUGACAAAAGACUCACGCAAAGGGACCGUUGUCAACCCACAGGUGCUUGUCUCUCUCUAGGAACAGACAACUCUAAACUUGUCCUCGGAGGAGGAUUUGAAUGAGGAAAACGACAGUCUCAGAAACCAAAGUCCUUUUUCCCAAAGGUUCUGAAAGAAAAAAAAAAAAGCAAAAACCCAUAAAAAACACAAAAAACAGAAAAACAAAGACAAAGAGAAAGUAGUAACCCCCCAACUGCCCUCUUUCCCAAUCCCCUAUCCCAAAGUCCAACAAAAAUCGCUCUCUGGUUUGCAGUCAUUUAUUUAUUGUCUGCUGCAAGCUGUCCCGAGACACCGCGCAGGGAAGGUGCGCCCCUGGGAAUUCUCGGUGCCUCGACUUCCGACGACAGACGGCCUCGUCCAAUCAUGGUGACCCCGCAUUGCUCUCAGUUCUGGAGGAUGCUGCUAUCACCCUUCCGUGACUCACACGACCUAGUACACCAAUGAUAAGGGAAUAGUUUAAAACCAGCUAUAUUAUAUAUAUUAUAUAUAUAUAAGCUAUUUAUUUCACCUCUCUGUAUAUUGCAGUUUCAUGAACCAAGUAUUACUGCCUCAACAAUUAAAAACAAUCAACAAAUUAUUUAAAAAACCCUGAGGUGAGUGGUGGCCGGGGCAGGGCUCAGGCAUGGUGGCCCCAUUGUGUUUCAUGCUUCUUAGUCUGUGGUCUUUGCACUCAGAGCUGGGUGGAGCCUUGCUCAUUCAUUCAUUCACUGAUGCAUUCAACACUUACUAUGUUCUAGGCACUGAGAACACAGCCUGAAACAAAGCAGUUGGAAAUUCUUGCCUUCAGAGAGAUGACAUUCUAAAGAGUCAUUGAUUCAAUGAUGGACUCAGUCAUAUGUUCACAUACAUUUACCUGGCAUCUCCUAUGUGCCAAGGGGUUAUUCUAGGCACUGGGGAUUUAUGGAAGGAUGCAAGAAAAAAAUCCUGGCCUGUAGGGAACUUCACUUACAGUAAUCCACUGAUUUCACUGCUUCAUUCAUUGAUUUAUUGAUGGAGUCAUGUAUUCAACAUAUAUUUAUUAAGCACUUACUAAGUACUUUAGGUACUGGGAAUUCACCAAAGAACAAAACCCUGCCUCAUGGAGCUUACAUCCUAAGGAUUCUUGCUUAAGGAGUCCACAUCUGGGUUUUGCCAGGCACGGGCUGAACAAGGCAGUCCUGGUCUCCACUCUUCUCCAUCUAGUGCCAGAGGAGUCAGAGAGCCCAGGUCAGGUGGGCACCUGGUGUUUCUCUCCUCACACUGUCAUGGGCUGGAAUGCGAGACUCUGUCAGGGUCUUUAAUUUCCAGGGACCCUUUCUUCUGGGCCUUCCCAGGGUCAGAUGAGAGGCUGGGUUAGUCUUGGGAAAGCAAAUCAGGCAGGAGGUUGACCGGGGAGGAAGAUGCCUCCUCUGGGGUCCUGCUGCUGUCACCUGCCUCCCUUGAAAACACCUCUUGCCAAGCCUGGCCAGGAGAGGUCCCCAGUGAGGCCCUAUAGACAGGGGGAUGGGGGCAGGAGUACCUUCUCUGCAGAGGGAUCCUGGUUGGAGAGGAGGCUCAACUUCUUCUGAGCUGUGUGUCUCUCCAUAUCCACAUCAGACUUUGAGCCACACACAUCUCCUGGUUCUGUCUUUCCUCCCUGCAUUUUGAGGGUAUGUCUCUUCACCCCUGGGCCCUGUCACAUGCAUCACAGCACAUUUUUGUGAAGCCCUUUCAGGUGCACAACCUUAUUGUGACCUGAGGACAACCCUCAAGGAAGUACUAUCAUUAUCCCCAUUUUGUGGAUGAGAAGACUGAGGAUCAGAAACGUUUAACAGCUUCCCCAAGACCACAGAAUAAGAAAGUGUUGGGGCUGGUAUCCAAGUCCUAGAGUCUCUAGGAUUGCAGUAGCUGUCACUUGGUGAGUGCCCACUGUGUUUCAGACCCCCUGCUAGAUGCCUUAUGUAUGCUGCCAGAUAGAUGCACCCAAAAUCCCUGGGUGGACAUAGGUACUCCUAACUUCCAUGUUUGAUAAAUGAAAAAAACUGUUUGAGAGAUCAUUGACAUGCUCAAGGUCUCAGUGAGCAGGUGGCUGAGCCUGAGACCCUUGGUAAUAGUAAUUGUGAUGGUAGUUGUCAUUUAUUGAGCACCUAUUAUGCAUCAGUCCCUUUCACAUUCUAUUAUUUAAUUUAAUCAAUAACCCUGUGAGAUGGGUAUGUACUAUCUUUUAUACUGGAAAUUUCAGAGAAGUCAAAUGACUUGCCCAAAGAAAUCCAGCUAGAAAAUCGUGGACCC